UGACAUCUGUCUAUUACCUGACACCUGACACGUCAUCUACCGUAUUGCCACACAGACUUGGCCACUUCCUGCGUCUGCGGGGGAAUUCCCUGCAGCGUAAGGAGUGGAAGGUGCAUAAAAGCCUUCACGUCUCGACACGCAGGCAGAACAGAAGCGACGCGAGCUGAGAUCUUCUGCAGAAACCAAAAAUAUACUCAAGAGAAAGAACAAAGAUGUCCGCUGAGAUGACAUGCAACAAGCUGCCCGCCGGACUGGGCCUGGAGGUUUCCCGCCACCCCCUGACCAUGAGGCACGUGGUCAACCUGGUGGUCGCCAUGGAGAGGUUAAAGGGCAAAAGCUGCCAGACGGCGCUGGGCACCGAAUUCUCGGAGGAGAACUUCCUCAGCAUCAUGAUGGAGGACGUUGUUGAAGUGAUCAACAUGCCCGAGAGUAGGCCGUCUCGGCCCAACCAGUUCAGCAGGACGGGCCAGUACCAGUGCAGCGUUGCCGACACCCAGAAGAAGAGUUUGGUGGUGGUCCACGAUAGCAUGGAGCUGCACGCCGUCACGCUGCAGGGAGGAAGCAGCCACCGCAGAGUGCUCCUGAACAUGUCCACCUACGUGCGCCCGUCCGCCAACACCGAGGCCCGACCAGUGGCUCUGGGCAUCAAGGGCACAAGUCUUUACCUGUCCUGCCACCAGGACGGCGACAGGCCAACUCUGCACUUGGAGACGCUGGAGGACGCCGACAGUUUGACAAGGAUCAACUCCGAGAGCGAGAUGGUUCGCUUCCUCUUCUACAAACGUGACUCGGGGGUGAGCAACAGCACCCUCAUGUCCGCUCAAUUCCCAAACUGGUUCGUCAGCACUGCGGAGGAGGACAGCAUGCCGGUGGAAAUGUGCCAGCGGGCUGCCAACCGCCACAUCACCUUCAACUUCCAGAGGCAGAGUUAAAAACUGUCCUCAAAUGUGUUUUUUUACACUUAUAGUUCACUUUUUCAAAUGGUUUUUUUUUUACCCCCUUUGAUGCGUUACCUGUUUACACCUUUUAAAAAUCCGAGCGCACAGAAAUGCAUCACUGCAGGUCACGUGACAUCGCUCGCCUCUCCAGUUGGUUAAAAGAAUGUAAACAGGAAUUACUACUACUUUGCCAAAAAAAAAAAAAAAAAAAUGACGACAGCGAAACAAUGUUUGCCGAUGACCUGAAUAGCGAUGUGGAGAAAGUAGACAUGUUUAGGAGGAAUUUCUGAGCAAAUUAUCCUAAUUCACACGGUGAAAAAGUGGGCCACUUCAGUUCAAGCCGUGACAUGUUUAGCAUCAACAUGAUGUCAGUUACAAAGCAAAAUAUGCAUCAAAAGGGGAGGAAUGAAACAAGGACUAAAAAGUGUGAAAGCACAUCUUGAUCAGGAGAGCAACUUGGAUUUGUAUGUGCAAGCCUUCUAUUAUUUAUGUAUUUAUUCAGUUAUUUAUGUAUUUAUUUAUUGUAUUUAUUUAUUUAAUUAUUUAAAAUCAAUGUGUACACCACCAUGUAUGUAUGCAGAGGUCUGCUUUCGUACAAAUGCUUUAAACUUUUGGAUCAGCCAUGCACAAUAAAAUUGUGAUCUGUGUUU